UCUUCUUUGCAUUUUGCUCGUUCUCUGAAUCAGAAGCCGGGAAGCCGAAGAAGCGAGCAAAAUCCAUGGCUCCGUUUCUGGUUCAUCUGACAAUCCCACUGAUAUUGAUGUUCUGGUUCCGAUCCGGGUCUUCUUCUCCGUCGGAUCACCGGUACAAUGUCGGCGAUCACGUCCCUUUGUUCGUCAACAAAGUAGGACCUUUCCAUAAUCCAAGUGAGACGUAUCAAUACUAUGACUUGCCAUUCUGCCAUCCAGAGCCUGUGAUUUUGAAGCAGGAAACGCUUGGGGAAGUUCUGAAUGGUGAUCGGUUGACGAGUUCACUAUAUGAGCUGAAAUUCCGGGAGGAGAAAUCUGGUGCUGCCUUGUGCAGCAAGAGAUUUGCACCGAAUGAAGUUGCUAAGUUGAGAGAUGCUAUUGCACAAGAUUUCUACUUUCAGAUGUAUUAUGAUGAUCUUCCCUUAUGGGGAUUUCUCGGAAAAGUUGAAGGAGAUUACUUGGGCCGUGGAGAGAAGAAGCAUGAUAAGUAUUAUCUGUUUAAACACUUGCAGUUCAAUGUUUUGUAUGACAGAGACAGAGUUAUUGCAAUAAGAUCUUUCAGUGACCCAAAAUUUGUGGUGGACAUAUCGGAGGACUUGGAAAGUAAUGUUGAAUUCACCUACUCCGUUUUCUGGAACUCAACCUCAGAAUUGUUUGAGACAAGGAUGGACAAGUUCUCUCAGGCUGCAUUUCUUCCAAUCAGCCAGAAGAUUCACUGGUUGUCAUUUCUAAACUCGAUCAGUGUUCUAGUUCUGUUGAUUGGACUGCUUUCUUUGCUCUUCAUACGGCAUCUCAAGAAUGAUAUAAGAAGAUCCUCGAGUGGAGACGAAGAAGAAAAUAAGGAUGUCGGGUGGAAGCUCAUUCAAAGCAAUGUAUUCAGAUGUCCUCGAAAUAUGUCCUUGCUGUGUGCAAUCUUGGGAACCGGGACACAGUUACUGAUCUUGGUCUGCAUUUUAUUUGCACUAGCUUUUCUUGGUUUCUUGUGCCCCUAUAAUCGUGGAGCGACAUUCACUUCUCUUGUCAUCGGAUACACUUUAACAUCAGUUAUCUCUGGUUACACUGCCUCUUCAUUCCAUUGUCAAUUCAUGGAAAAUGGAUGGGAAAAAAGUGUCCGUCUUGCUGGGAUGCUGUACACUGUUCCUCUACUCGUUACGGGUUCAAUUCUCAACACUGUUGCCAUAACUUAUGGGGCAACAUCUGCACUUCCCUAUGGCACAAUAAUACUCAUCGUCUCCAUUUCUACUCUCGUGAACAUCCCAUUUCUCAUGUUGGGAGGGGUUUUAGGGCACCGUUUCAGAUCGGAGUUUCAACCUCCCUCAGCUGUGAAACGACAACCUCGAGAAAUUCCGUUGCAGAAUUGGUACCGGAGAAAGCCAUACCAAAUGUUCCUUGGAGGCCUUGUUCCUUUCAGUGCAGCUGUGCUCGAACUGCACCAGUUCUAUGGGAGCUUGUGGGGCUUCAAAAUAUACACCAGCCCCGGAAUUUUGUUUCUGACAUUGGUCAUACUCAUCUUGGUGACUGCAAGUGUUAGCAUCAUCUUGACAUACAUCCAGCUCUCUGGUGAGGAUCAUGAAUGGUGGUGGAGAUCUGUGUUGUGUGGCGGAUGCUUUGGCGUAUUCAUGUUCGGUUAUGGAGUCAUCUUCUAUCUAAGGUCCAACAUGAAAGGAUUUCUGCAGACGAGCUUCUACUUGGGUUUUAAUGCUCUGUUCUGCUAUGCCUUCUUCUUGAUUCUUGGAACCCUAAGUUUCUUCGCCUCUUGGACGUUUGUUCGCCGCAUUUACCGUUCUGUCAAGAGUGAAUAAGACUGCGGUUUGAAUCUCAUUGGAUGGCAAGGGAAAGAAACAGAUAAAGAGGGAAAGAACCACACUUUUCACGAUGAAGUUAUGGGAUCUGAAGAUGAACAGAACAGGCGAGAGGUACAACAAUGAGUCUAGGACGUGGUCUGGUCCUUUCUGUUGCCAAGAUUGGAAUCUUCUUUUGCAUCAGCUUCCUUAGGACAGUAACAUACUCCCACAGGAACUGGUAAAUUUCCAGAAAUGAGGGCUCGUGUCUCUAUUUCUAAAGAAGUUUUUCAUCUCAAAUUUUGCUGAAAAAGAUGGUUUAAACGGAGAAAUGAGUAGGGGUAUACUCCGAACGGGUACGGAGUUUGUACCCAGAUCUUUGGGUAACCGUA